GAUCCUGACACGAUUAAACAACACUGCAUUGCUGUCAACUACGAAAACAAUUCUGAUCACGCAGCACUUGUAAAAACGUGGCGAUAAAUUGUUACGGUGUUAUCUUCGAUUCGUAAUGAAGAAGUUUACAAUUAAAGGCGUGCUUGACGGUUUCCGAUCGUCGGUGCCGCAACCCGUCAAACCUGAUCAAGAAAUCGUCGAAAAUUUACGGCCGGAACAUUUUCAAGUAAAAAAGACAUUCAGACAUGGCUUUCCACAUCAACCGACAGCAGUGGCAUUCGAUCCAAUUCAAAGGCUUCUUGCUAUUGGCACUAAAUCAGGAUCUCUUAGAAUUUUGGGCCGACCAGGUGUAGAUGCGCACGUGAAACACGAAGGAUGUACAGCGGUGAUACAAUUACAAUUUUUAAUCAAUGAGGGAGCAUUGGUUUCCGCCACUGCAGAUGAUACGUUACACCUAUGGAAUUUUCGCCAGAAAAUACCACAGGUUGUGCAGAGUCUAAAGUUCCAAAGAGAAAGAAUAACGUGCAUUCACCUACCAUUACAAAGUAAAUGGCUGUACGUUGGUACGGAACGAGGGAACAUUCAUGUACUCCAUAUCGAAACAUUUGUCCUUUCUGGAUAUGUAAUUAAUUGGAACAAGGCUAUCGAAGUAUCUAGAAAGACCCAUCCUGGUGCUGUAGUACACUUGAGUGAUAAUCCUUUAGAUUUGAGCAAGAUGCUGAUAGGAUAUGAGACGGGACAAAUAGUUUUUUGGGACUUGAAGACGAAAAAUGCAGAUUAUAGAUGCCAAAGCGACGUACCCUUAAGAUCGAUAUCUUGGCACCACGAGGGUAAACAAUUUAUGUGUAGCCAUACCGAUGGCUCCCUGUCGACGUGGACGGUGCGUCAAUUAAAGCCAACGAAUGUAACGCAUCCACACGCGAAAACUACGAAAGAUGGCGAGCCAGAACCUUGUAAACCUAUACAAAAGGUUGAAUGGAAGCUCUCAAGAUCAGGGGAAGCGUACGUUAUAUUUUCCGGUGGUUUAGCGUACGACACAACUGGACGAACUCCAAGUAUAACGGUGAUACAUGGGAAAACUACCACUGUACUAGAAAUGGAGCACAAUGUGAUAGACUUUAUAACACUCUGCGAAAAUCCAUGGACCAGUGAUUAUCAAGAUCCAUACGCCGUUGUGGUUCUGUUACAAAACGACUUGGUUGUGAUAGAUUUAUUGACUCCCGGAUUUCCGUGUUUCGAAAAUCCAUAUCCAAUGGACAUACACGAAUCACCCGUCACGUGUUGCGCGUAUUUCGCGGACUGUCCAUCAGAUUUGGUGCCAGCAUUUUAUUCAGUUGGGUCGAAGUCUCAGAAAAAGACGGGGUUCAGCGAGAAGGAUUGGCCAAUAUCUGGUGGCGAAUGGAGCUCAAGCUCCAGUGGUUACAAUGAAAUUAUUUUGACUGGACACGCUGAUGGCAGUAUAAAAUUUUGGGAUGCGUCAGCAGGCACAUUGCAAGUUCUUUAUAAAUUAAAGACAGCGAAACUUUUUGAAAAAGGUAGAACGCGUAGUUUAGACUCGGAGGAAGAUCCUUUAGCGAUACAGCUCAUCUUCCUUUGUCCCGAAAGUCGGAAAUUAGCUAUUGCGGGAAGUGGAAGACACGUUGUCUUAUUUAAAUUCAAAAAAGUUGAGAGUAUGUCCGAGGUAGUGACUUUGGAGAUAUCACUGACAGCUGAUCCGGUUAAGGAAGUGGAAAGUUCAUCCGAUCACGAUUCCCCGGCUGGUAAUACUUCGGGAAGUAGCGAGUCGAAAAAUAACGAAUCGAACCAAUCGCUCAAAAUUAAGACUGGUUUACAGAAGAGAGCCGCCGGUUUUCAAGCGACCUUAGUUUGCUUAACAGUUACUAUUAGCGGGGAGCAAGCUGAAAAUAUAACGGCUCUCAGUUUGAAUUCUUCGUACGGUUUAAUGGCUUACGGGAACGAGUCUGGUAUAGUAAUAAUAGACAUUGUCCAGAAGAUCUCUUUGAUCGUGUUGAACACUAGCGACAUCGGUGGUAAUGUGGAUCUGUGUCAACGAGUGCUACGCAGUCCGAAACGUCAGGAUGAAUUGAAACGAGAGAACGAAGACAAAGCGAGGAGUCCUAGUACAGAUCAGACUCGUGGGGACACUGGCGCGGAAUCUGAAGGAUUAUUAGGGAUGGUGGCCGACAGGGACGGUCAACAUUCUCAGAAAUGUCCGCCGCCUCGCGGCCACGAAUAUCAAACUGGGAGCAAUAACGAUAAGGGAGAAACCGCGGAGGAAUCUGUGAUUGAGAUCAAUAAAUCUGCGGUUAACGAGGAAGAGUGCGCUAAGAAUCAUCACGGUUGGAAAGGAUUCAAUCUGAAGAGGCAGCUCAGCAAGGUUGAUCUGAAAAUAAAAAGUACUUUCUCGCCGGCUUUGCUCACGUCUCAGAAUGGGGUAGGCAGUGAUACUAGCAGUCAGAAAUCUUGCGUUUUUUACUGUAACGUGAACGAAAACGCGAGUUCGUUGUCUCCAGUUGAGAGUAUCGUGUCGGAAUCAUCAUUGUCGCCUGAGGACUCGUUAUCGGAGCGUGGGGAAAGCCCGACGGGCGAGGAUACGGGGAAGAGGAAGAAUCGGGAGGAGGAAGCGAGGAAGAGGGCGGUGGUGGCGAUCGACGCCGCACAGGCAGAUAGGAACAGAUGGAUCGGGCGGGGGGAGAAAGAGGCUCCCCCCGCGGAGAGGUCGGACGGAGGUGUGGCCAGGCCUGUUAAUUUGACGUUGGCCGAGAGCCAAGAGUCGAGGCCGCCUAUAUUGAAGAAGAUCGUGAAGAUGAGGCAGGCGAAAAGGGAGGGUCGUUUGUUGUCGGUGCCGAAUUUAAAAUUUGCGAAAAAUGAUCCGGCCAUGAUUUGUGACCUAAGAUGCGAGGAAACGAACACGGCCCCCGAAUCUUUCACCUACAAUCUAAUAAGAAGAUUCAGCCGGGUAGACAAAUAUGACAGUUCGUUUCAACGGUCAAGGAGCUCGAGCAUGUCGUCGCUCGAGAAUAUCACCACGGAAACCAUCAGCUGCCUUACAUUCGCAGAUUCCUACACGAAAAAGAGCGAUACCAGCCCUGUGCCAACGCUUUGGAUCGGCACCUCUUUAGGAUCUAUACAAACGGUGAUAUUUAACACGCCAGCUCGUGGAGAACGACACGCGCAUCCAGUCGUUGUUUCUACGUGCAAUGGAUCUACGUUUAAGUUGAAAGGAUGCAUACUGUCGAUGUCAUUCUUGGAUUGUAACGGUGCCCUGAUUCCAUACUCUUACGAGUCUUGGAAGGACGACAGCAUGGACAGCAAAGAGCGCAAUAGAAGUCAAAGUAAAUGUACGAACAGUCGAAUGUCUCCAUCGAUGAAUACGCAAGCAAGUACAGGAGACGGGUUCGAGGAUCGUCAAUUUGUCGUAUUGGCGUCGGAGAAGCAGGCGAGAGUCGUGGCAUUGCCAUCUCAAAAUUGUUUAUACAGGCAACAACUGGCCGAAACUCAUAUCGUGAUCAAAGCAGAGAUUACGACUUUAAAAGAUAACGUGUGUCUCGUUUGUUACGUUUCGAAUGGUCACAUAGCCACGUAUAGUUUGCCAAGUCUGAGGCCACUUAUAGACGUCGAUUUUCUACCGCUUAUAGAUUUGAGUUUUCAGACUACAAAACAUGGCAUUGUAGACCCCAUGUUGUCCAUAUGGGGUAAUCAACUCUUUGUUAAUGGCGAUACCGAUCAAAUUGCAAAAACGCUUUGCUUCAGCAAUAGAGGCCACGGUUUGUACCUCUCCUCGCCUACCGAGAUCCAAAAGUUUUCAGUUUCAAGUCAAUUUUGCGGCGAAUUAACCGAGAUGAUGGGAGACCUGUUCAUCGGUCACGACAUGCCCGAACCGCCCAAAGAGAGUUUCUUCAAAGGGCUGUUCGGCGGUGGAUCGCGAAGUCUCGACAGAGAAGAAUUAUUCGGCGAAUCGAGCGGUCGAGCAUCCCGCACCGUGGCAAAGCACAUACCGGGGCCGAACGCGGGGGCCGAGAAUCUUCGCGAGCGCGUGACGACAGCCACGGGCGAGGUGAACUUGGCCCAUCAAAUGGUGCUGGAACGCGGCGAGAAGCUGUCGCAACUCGAGGAGAGAACGGCGCGGAUGAUGUCGGAAGCCGAGACCUUCUCGCAGUCUGCCCACGGAUUGAUGCUCAAAUACAAGGACAAGAAAUGGUACCAGCUAUGAGGACAUCGAUCGAGUCCACCGAUCGACAUUCGAAUUUCGAAUUGCGUACGAUUAUUAUAUUGUAAUCUAGCGUUCACAUUUCACACCUAUGAGUUCUGUCUGUACUAGGUACGUCGGUUAGAAGAUGGUAUGGAGAAACUCGAAAAUUGGAUGAAUCGCGAACUUUACUACACGCACACACAAGAAACAUGUUACAUAAUGAUAAAGGGCAUGCGAGCGAUGCGAGUACGAGCUUCGAUGUGUGAAUUUGAAUGAAUGCGUGAAUGCGUGCGUGCGUGCGUGUUUCAAAGACGAGAAAAAAAAAAAGAGAGAGAAUGAGAGAGUAAAAAUGGAACACGAGCAAAGGAAACAUAUAUGAGAUACUUUUACAAGCAGGUAUAUAUAUAUAUAUACACACGCACAUCUUUCAACAAAGAAUAUUAAAAAAGAAAAAAAAAAGAAUCGUAUAUACACGUGUAACACAGAUAAGAUUAAAUAUAUAUAUAUAUAUAUAUAUAUAUAUAUAUGCGCGAAAUUUCUCAAAAAUGUGUAAUAACCUCUAAAUAUAUAUAUAUAUAUAUAUAUACUACUUAUACAUAAGGUAUAAAGCGAAGAGACGAACGAUAUGCACGUUAACGUGUGAACCAAACACGGAUAAAAUCGAAGAGAAGCGGGGGUGAUUGCUAUAUUCGAGAUAAAACAAAUUAUUAUAGCGCAUAUAUAGGUUAAAUAAGAUAUAAAGGAAACCAAGUACUAUCUUAGGCAGACAUAGGAUUCAACUACGUGCGAGUCAAUACAUACACAAUUAUGUAACAAUUCGCCUUUUAACCGAUCGCUAUAUAUUCGUUAAUCCAUUCGGACGUCCUGUAACAUCUUGUACAUCCCGUUUCCCAUUGUAAAAAGGGAACGAAUGAAAAACACGUUACGAUUAAUUUGUCGAGGAUGAAGAUGAAAUGAAGUAGCAAAAAAACAAAAAAAAAAAAAAAAAAAACAAAAAAAAAGAAAAAGAAAAAAAGAUCGAAAUUGGCAGCGACGUUGUUCCGAAUGUAUUGACAAUAAAGGUAAAUUAAAUUAAUUAAUCGAGAUAAUAGCGUUAUUGAGUAAAAGUUGAAUGCAGUGUAAUAUAUGAUUUACCUACGAUGUAUCGGAUCUUCGGGAUUAUAUUAGUAUUAUCGAUCGAGAUAAACCUGUCGCAUCGUUGAUAAACUAUAUAUUAGUUGUUAUUAAUCGUAGUUAUCGCUAGAUACGCUAUGUACAUAAAGGAAAACAAAUGCAGUAGAGGAAAUAUUAUACGUUAAAACAAAGAGCUGUUUGUAUAAUAACAAGUGUUGUAAGUUACGCUAGUUCAGCGUCGAUGAUGAAUUCAACUGAAUUUAUGGUACGAUGAGAAGGGAAGAAGAGCUACUGUAAUUUUAAAAAAUUAUACGUAGAUUAGAUUAUUUUAAAGACAAUAUAUAUUAUACAUAUACAUACGUAUGCGCCGUAUAUAGUAUGUAUCGCGUAAGUUCAUUUGAAUUUAUCGAGAUUCUGAAUCGUCGUACUGCUUCCAUAGCAAUAAUUGUAUAGUUGAUGUUAAUGGUACUAAUCACCCAUAUAAAAAAAAAAAACUUAUAUAACGUGUCCUGCAGAGAAUUAAUUAGAUCGCAAUUUCUUCGAGUUGAGUCAAACAAACUACUUGAUAUAAUUUCCCUCGGACAAUAUACGUAAGUAGAGGUUAGUUGGUGAAACAACCAUAAAUACCUUUUGUCACGAGAUGUAUUUACUAUCGAGUAUUAAUAUUACCAUUGUGGUCCACGGCAAGAAACAGGGUGGACUUGCUCGAAUAUCGUUGUAAUAUCCAUAUGGAAAGUUUUUCGAAUUUUGGGAUUGUGAUAUACAUUACAUAUAUACGUAUAUAUACGUAUAUGUAUAUAUAUAUAUAUUAUACACACACACAAGUAUAACAAACACAAGAGAACCGAGAAUUAAUUCUACUUUGAUUCGUUUAACUUUAUUAAACCAGUAUCUUUUCUCGCGACAGCUUUUAUCGUCUUGAUAGUCUCGAUAGUCUUCGAAAUCCAGCAGCUCGAUACGCCACAGAUUUUCUGAGAUAUAAAAUAAAAUCCCCCUCCCCCAAAAAAAAA